AAGUCUCUUUCUAAGUGCAUCUACUUUGACAGUGGUGGCAGCGGCGGUAUCUGGUCGUCACUUUUAUAGCUAAAUCCUCUGAAAUCUGACAAUCUGAAGCUCAUAUCUAGUUAUUUCCGUCUCCACACGAUGUCGUCCGAUACGCUGUUGCACGCGGCCAAUUUCAGCACGCUGUUCGUGUGCAUGGUGCUCAAGUUCCCCCAGAUUGUUACACUGAUGCGGGCCAAAUCAACGGCUGGAGUCAGCCUCAACAGCCUUCUCCUGGAGUUGAUCGGGUUCAUCGUCUUUGUCACGUACCAGAUGUACUACGACUACCCACCACCGACCUACCUGGAAUAUCCGAUCCUCAUUGCUCAAGACGCCAUCCUUCUGCUGCUGAUGCUCCACUACAACGGCAGCCUGCGGCAGAGCCUCAUCUACGCCUUGCUGUUCGUCGGGGGCUGGAGGCUCCUCACCGUGGAGAAGUGGAUCGUAGACUUGGCUAUGAGCCUGUGCACGUUCAUCAGCGCCGCCAGUAAAUUUGCCCAGCUGCAGUGCCUGUGGAGGUCAAAGGACGCCGGGCAGGUCAGCGCCCUCUCCUGGGCCAUGGCUUCCUACACAUGUGCGGCGCGGAUUUACACCACCACGGUGACGACCGGAGACACGCAGGUUCUGGUGCGCUUCGUCGCCAUGACGCUCCUCAACCUGUGGGUGCUGCUCACCGUGCUCUACUACCAGAGGCACGGCAGCAGGUCCAAGAAAGAGGACUAGGCUUCGAGUUCCCCGAUCCUGGAGACCCGCGGGGCCUGAAACACAGAACUGACGAGUACCAACGGUUAUGCAAGCAGCUUGUAAUACUGACCCAUAAUAACUUUAAAAAAAGAAGUGUUAUUACUUCAGUAUUGAACCCACAUCUUUUUUUAAUUUGUAUGAUUUUUUUAAUAACAUUAGUGGCUUAAAAUAUGCCAGUGAGAUCAAAGAUCAAUGCAUUUUCAUACUGUGAGAUUAAAUGUAGAGUUUUUCCUACAUCUUUCUAAAACCUGUAUUUUUUGUAAAACAAAGUCCUUUUCUGAACUCUUAAUAAAACAUUCUAGCUUCUUA